GCCUGCAGUUCGCGGGACCUGCUGUCCUGGCCCGUCGUGCCGCCAGCUCCGGGGGUUUGCAAAAGACCCCGCCGCCCCUCCAGCCAGGGCUCCCAAUAGAAAGCCCCUACACCUGCUCGCCAAGCGAGUCCGCCAGGCAGGACGCCAGCGCCAUGGAGGAAACCUCCCUGGCUGAGGCGCUCUGCGGACUGGCAGGGUGACCUGUGAGGAAUCGCCUUCCCCGCAGCCUGGACUUGGGUUUCUCGUGGCCUAGCAAGAAGUGGUUUCCUUUCCCGAGCUGCUGGCAUCUUCCUGCUAGGAUUCAGUCGUUCCCAAAGGAAUGGAGGAAUGCAGCUGAUAAGUGCUUAACCACCCUGUGCUCCUAUAGGCAGUACCAGGCGCUGGCUUCAUCUUCUUCCCUUUGGCACUUUGGCUCCUCGUUACCUGUCUGGGUACCUUUUUUAGUACCCAAAGGAGAUGGAAGAAAAGGAGCGGUGUGAUAAAUUCCAGCUGGUACCUUGUCACUAAGGAGAAUCGUACAUUUUGACAUUUAAUUUUUUUCUUUCUGUGGACUGGAGGGAAAUACUACAUUUUAUGGGGUGUGGGAGGAGGGAGGUUGCAGAUCUUCAUGUGGUUUUUAAAACCAGCUGUCAGAGGCAAUUACUGAAUAAACUGAAGCACAAGAGGAGGAUUUAUAAGCUGGGAGCAGCUCUAGCCCACGAAAGAAAGGGGCAGUGGGCUGCUGUUGUGACUGUGGAGGCAGAAACUUCAGCCUCCUUCAUUUUUCACCACCUACUCCCCAUCCACCCAUCGAGAAAAUGAGUUGUGUGCCAUGGAAAGGUGACAAGACCAAAUCGGAAUCGCCAGAGCCAUCCCAGCCACCACCACAGCAAAUUUACCAUGAGAAGCAGCGCAGGGAGCUCUGUGCCCUCCACGCACUCAACAAUGUCUUCCAGGACAGCAACGCCUUCACUAGGGAAACCCUGCAGGAGAUUUUCCAGAGGCUGUCUCCCAACACCAUGGUGACCCCCCACAAGAAGAGCAUGCUGGGGAAUGGGAACUAUGAUGUGAACGUGAUUAUGGCAGCACUUCAGACCAAAGGCUACGAGGCAGUUUGGUGGGAUAAGCGCAGGGAUGUUAACGCCAUUGCCCUGUCUAACGUGAUGGGCUUCAUCAUGAAUCUGCCCUCCAGCCUUUGCUGGGGCCCCUUGAAGCUCCCCCUCAAGCGACAGCACUGGAUCUGUGUCCGGGAGGUGGGAGGCACCUACUACAACCUCGACUCCAAGCUCAAGGUGCCCGAGUGGAUUGGAGGUGAAAGUGAGCUCAGGAAAUUCUUGAAACACCAGCUGAGAGGAAAGAACUGUGAACUCCUAUUGGUGGUGCCAGAGGAGGUGGAAGCACAUCAGACCUGGAGAGCUGACGUGUGACCCGGGCCAACUCUGUCCUCCCACUACAGUUCUUCCCCUUUAUCAAACUCCUGAUGUCCUAAAACCUGGAUAAUAGGUGCCCCAAAUCUUCUUCGUCUGGAAUUUCCUUUGUUAGGCUCUUCUCGUCCCUCCUUGGUGCAAUAGGGCAAUGGCACAGGACAUGGGGAGUGGUGGUGGGGAAGAGCUGAGGGCAGAGCAGAGCAAACUGGAAGCCAGUCACUUUAAUUGCAAAGUGGAUGAGCUGCAGUGCCCUUUGGCCAGCUGGAAGGCAUCAUCAUGCUCUUGAAAAACUGGGCUGGGGGAAAGAGUGCCUGGAAACCCCGGGCCUCUGUUUCCCCAUGUGGUUCAAGGCUGCAUGUGGUGGGACACUGCUCCCUCCAGGGCUUGUCAGGAAGGAGCAGGGGCUGAGCAUGCUGCCACCUCUUUGCAGUUCUCUCCCUCCAAAACAAGUUGUCGUGAAGACAUUUGCAAUUCCUAAGGGUCUCUCAGGACACUCAAAACACUAGCAAUGGUACGGUGCUCAGCACGACCCUCUGCUUCUUAGGGCUGGUUUGUGCUAGGAAUUAGGAAUAAUAAAACCAGUGUCAUCUUCCAAGAAAUUCUUUGGGUAGAGGAUUCUUCCCCAGGGUCUCCAAGGAUUUUUGUAUGUGGUGAGCGGUUGUUUGGCAGUGUGUCUGGGUAAGGUGACAUGGAAACAGCAAGCACAGGCUGGCUGAGGAAUAUCAAGUUUCUGGACUGGAGAGAGGCCACAGUCUGCUUGGGUUUCUUCGUGCUAUGGUGAGGUUUUUUUUACUAUUUUUUGACAGUUAUUUUGGUUUUCUGCAUGGUCACCCAGUAGUUUAGGGGCUCCUUGGAGAGAGAAAUAAAGCUGAAAAGGUUUCCAAAGAAAUUUAUUCCCUUUUAUUUCCUCUCUCCAGAAGUCUAGCUCACAGUCACGGAUGUCAUGUGAAUUGAAAGAGGUCAAGUUAUAAAACAAAAAUGGGCUGAGGAGGGGAAGCCUUUAUAGCAGUCAGUUUUUCCCUUUUAUUGCUACCAUCCACUGGUGUGGGAGCUGCAGAGGGUCCACCAGAACUUUGAGGCAUUGGAGACACCCUGGCUUGGUAGUUGAACCAACCUCUCCUUUAGCAUUGGCCAACAAACAUUCCAUUAAUGGGUGAAUUGCUUUUUCCUGCCUUCCAUGGGGAAGAGAGACUAGACACGGAGACACUAAGAGGAAUCUCCACCAGCUGUUUCCCAGUCAUCCAGGAGAGCUGUAGCUCAGCCAUGCCUUCCAUGGCAGGAGGAGGAAAUGCUGAAUUUGGAACUGACUUUGUUGUAUUUAGCACUUCCUGGCUGAGCUGCUGUUUGCUUCCAUCUUUACACGUCUUGGUUGAAAAGCAACCUCUGGGAUGUGAUGGAGCUUGAAGGAUCCUGUUCCAUCAUGCAGGAAACUCUCAUUACUGAUGUUUGAGGUGGUGAAAGGAGGGAUUGUAAUGACCUUUUCUCAGUUAUUUUUCUCUUCAGAGCUCUGCAAAUGCAUGAGCAGGUGCUCGAACCUGAGAGACCACCAAAGUGGCACCGUCCCAACAGAGAACAGAGGCCACAUGACGACAGGACGAUGGUGUUUGCUGACCCCCGGACACCUGGCAAGCACUUUGGCAGUCCUUUGAGCACAGCCUCCCACAGUCAAGGGCAAAUGGCUCUUACAUUUUAAAAAGUCCUAUUUCGUAACACAUUCCAAUGACCAAUACCAGCUGGCAGAGUUUUUAAACACUUUCCAGGCAGGAUGUUCAGCCUGCAGGCAUUCUGCUCCUGACUUGAAGCCAUUUCUUCAGGAGGGGAAAAUAUAAAUCUCAACAGCAACAUUUUCUAUGCUGAUUGAAGUUGCACUUUGGAGAAAAACCCUGUUUGCAUGGAAACUGCAAGCCAAUGGAUCAGUGCACAAUAUGCAAAGAUGUUUUAAAAUACUUAGGGGCUGCUUUCCUCUCCUUGUAUGUCAGCUGCUUUCCCGGGGGAGAAACAGUGUGAUCCAGCUGCUCAGGUAAAGGGAAAGUGUAUGAUCACAUCCCCGUGGGAGGUGAGGCUGCUGUGCCCGAGGGUGGGUGAGCUGGUCCAGUCCCACUGCUCGGGAGCGGGGAAGCCCCUCUUUGUUUCCUUGCUUGUUUGGUUUUGUUAGAGCCUUGUCUUGGGUUUGUUUACAGAGAUGUAUUUUGUUUAACCAAAUAUUAAAAAUGGAAAAAAAAAAAGUUUCCAUAUAAAUGUCCUAUCACUUCUGUAUGUUCAAUUGAAUUGUUCUGUAACAAAGUAUGUAAAGGAUAAAUAAAUUUUUUUCUUUGGUUAUAAAACCACCACGUUUCUGUGAUUUAAGGACCUUAAAUGCUAGACACUGGUGCUGAGGUAGGAUCACCUCCCAGAGAAUUCCCAUAACCCAUGCAAUGCUUCCCCACCCCUCUGAAGGUGACAAAGCCACAUCAGUCCCUUCUGCACUGCCAGGCUGUGCAUGAAAUGGAGAGAUCCCUACCCAGAAGUCCCCCAGCAGCUCUGAAAGAA